AUGGCCGUACUUCGCCGCAGCCCACUCCUCCUUCUCUGCACCCUCAUAUUUUUCUCUCUCCUCGCUGGCACAGGAGCCCUCGUAAUCACCGGGGUCGGUUCCUCCGGUUCCGUCACUUCCCUGUGGCGGCAGCUCAGCAGUGGCUACCAGUACCGAAGGGACAACGUGGUGGUACAGUACACACAAGAGACCACCGCGGAAACAGCCUUGGCCACCUUCGCUGCGGGCAACGCCGACUUCGUGAGUCUGGACAGUGCCAUCUCGCAAGACCUCGUUCCGCUGGCCGGCGUGGCCCUCGUCGUUGCCUACAACCUGCCCGGUUUGAGUUAUCAGCUGGUAUUGGAUGGCAACACCCUGGCACAAAUAUUCAUGGGCUCCAUCACCUCGUGGGCGGAUCCCGCAAUCCUGGCGCUCAACCAGAACCUCACCUCGUCGGACCUGCCCGACGUGCCCAUCACCAUGAGCUUCACCGAGACCCUGAUCGGGACGGCCGGCUCGCAGGUGUUCAAGACCGCCCUCUCCAUAUUCAACGCCGAAUUCGCCCAGCAGCUUAACGCCGCCGGUGGCCUGCUCGCCGGCCUGCCGCCGGCCCAGAAUGGCAAGGCCAUGCGAUUCGACAACCCCACGGACCGCUUCGAUUACGUCAGGAACAAUGCCUACAGCAUCACGUACAUCGACUAUCCGGCCUUCCUUCAACAAUCCAACAUGAGCUACGCCGCCAUGGUGAACAGGGCGGGCAAUAUUGUCCAGCCCACCGCCGCCAACGUGCAGUCGGCCAUGAACGACUUCAUUGAAACUGUCCACCAAGGAGACCUGUCGGCCGACAUCAUCGAUGGCAAUGGCACCAACACGUGGCCCAUGCCCUACGUCUCCCUCGUCGGCGUGCUCAACAACACCAACACAACAGACUGUACUCCGUUGAAGCAGUUCCUGGAGAUCCUGGCCUGGGUGGCCACCAAUGGCCAGACGGAGACCACGCUCCAGACCAACGGCUGGGCGCCGCUCACCAUCGCCUACAAGAAGCGCUUGAUCGACCUGCUCGUCCUGCUCCAGUGCCAAGACCAACAGGCCCUCACCGUGGCCUACCUCAUCGGCACGGGCGGACCCCUCUCCGCCUUCUACGAUUGGGCUCAGGAGUACUCCACCAGUUCCUACGUCCAGAAGUACUUUGACAGCACCACCGCCGCCGCCAUCACCGCCAUGCAGGAUGAUGACGUCGACUUUGGCGCCACGAGCUACGUGUUGAGCCAAGAGACGCUCCACGAGAUCGGCGAGGACGUGGAGCUGUUCACCAUCACGGCCUUCCCCAUGGUCUUUGUCUACAACCUGCCCGAGAUUCUCAACAAGGGCAUUCUGGUCCUGAACAUGAACGUGGUGGCGGGCAUCCUGCGGAACACGAUCACGAACUGGCGCGACGAAGCCAUCCUGACGCUCAACCCCACCAUCGAGGACCUUCUCCCCGACCGCGAGAUCAUGCCCGUCUUCUCCUCGGGCUUCUCGGUCGUCACCCAGGUGUGGACCCAGGUCCUGGCCGAAGCCGUGCGUAACUGGAAUUCCACGGUGGGCGUAACCGGCUACCCUGAUCCCUUCCCGGUCGUGGGCAGCAACAGCUCUACGCUGAUGACCGGCACGUCGACGGUGACGAUCCCCUAUGUGGCGGCGAACCCCUACUCGUUCGUGUUCGCCUCGGCGGGCCAGAUCAUCACUCAGCGCAAGCUGCGCGAGGCGGCCAUCGUCAACGCCGCCGGUAAGGCCGUGCAGCCGACCACGGCGGCCACCACCGCGGCCCUGCAGGACGCCGACAUCACCAACCUGCGCGCCAUCUGGGGUCCGGAACCGAGCGGAUAUCCUGUCGUCACCUUCAAUUCCCUGAUCGCGCACACGGUCACCACGGGCGACUGCGUGAAGGCGCGCGCACUGUACGACUUCAUGUGGUGGUCCCAGUCGAGCACGACCGCCGACUUGGCGGCCGACCGUAACUUUGUCGUCGUCGCCAGCAAGUCGAGCGCGAUCAAGCGCAGGAUGGUCUCGCAGCUGUCGCGCGUGCGGUGCAACGGCCAGCCGGCCAGCUCGGUCUACUCGUGCAUCAUGAACGACAUGGUGUGUAGCGACCACGGCGUGUGCGUCAACUCGCGCUGCCAGUGCGACAACGGCUUCUCGGGCAGCUACUGCCAGUCCAACUCCUCCAGCUCCGACGACACGGGCACGACCCUGGCGCUGUCGCUCGGCAUCGCGCUGCCGGUCGUGGGCAUCAUUCUGCUCAUCAUGGCCUGCGUCAUCGCGUGCCUCUGCUGCUUCGCCCGCAAGAAGGGCGGCGGCCGCAACGACUGGGAGAUCUCCACCGACGAGCUCGAGAUGGGCGAUCCGCUCGGCGCCGGCGGCUACGGCGAGGUGUACCGCGCGCGCUGGAGGGGCACCGAGGUCGCCGUCAAGAUGAUCCCGCCGGCGGCCUUCGGCAAGGACACCGCCCGCAGCUUCAUCGAAGAGGUGCGCGUGAUGACCGCGCUGCGGCAUCCCAACGUGGUGCUGUUCAUGGCCGCCUGCACCAAGCCGCCCAAGAUGUGCAUCGUCAUGGAGUACAUGGCCCUGGGCUCGCUCUACGAGCUGCUGCACAACGAGCUCAUCCCGGAGCUGCCGUUCACGCUCAAGGCCAAGAUGGCGUACCAGGCGGCCAAGGGCAUGCACUUCCUGCACUCGUCGGGCAUCGUGCACCGCGACCUCAAGUCGCUCAACCUGCUGCUCGACAACAAGUGGAACGUCAAGGUCUCCGACUUUGGCCUCACCCGGUUCCGCGAGGAGAUGAAGAAGUCCGGCGCCAAGGACGCCCAGGGCAGUCUCCACUGGACCGCGCCCGAGAUCCUCAACGAGUCGCCCGAGAUCGAUUACAUCCUCGCCGAUGUGUACUCGUUUGGCAUCAUUUUGUGGGAGUUGAUGACCAGGCGACAGCCCUACGCCGGACUGAGCCCGGCCGCGGUGGCCGUGGCCGUGAUCAGGGACAACCUGCGACCGACGCUGAUGGAAGUGGAGGGCGACACGCAGCCGGACUACGUUGAGCUGAUGGUCUCGUGCUGGCACCAGGACCCCACCAUCCGCCCGACCUUCCUCGAAAUCAUGACCCGCCUCUCGUCCAUGCACGGCGACUCAAGCACGGCCAUGUUCACCUCGCGCUCGUCGUCGUCGUCGGCCACCGGCACCAGCAACAAGCCCAAGAUCCCGCGGUCCAACUCGUCGUGGACACUACCGUCCGACCGCGGUUCGGUGUCGUCCAAGAGCAGCGGCGGGUCGCGGGCCAGCUCCAAGGCCUCGCGGACCGGGCGGCGCCUGGAGGACCGCGACGCGGUGCGACCGCCCGAGGGCGAGGUGACGAUCGUGUUCACCGACAUCACGCGCGCCGCCUCGCUCUGGGAGUACGACCCCAACGCCAUGCGCGACGCGACGCUGCUGCACAACGAGGCCCUGCGCUCGAUCCUGCGCAAGCACCGCGGCUACGAGGUAAUUUUCAUCCGCGACCGCAACUCGGGCGAGGGGUCGUUCUGCAUGGCCUUCCAGGACCCGAUAGACGCCGUCAACUGGUGCAUGGACGCCCAGCGCCUGCUGCUCACCAUCGACUGGCCGCGCUCGCUGCUCGAGCACCCGGGCGCGGUCGAGGAGUGGGGCGACACCGACGACAAGGUUCUCUUCAAGGGCCUCCGCGUGCGCAUGGGUGUCCACCUGGGCACUCCCAAGGCCAUCAAGGACGUCAAGACCCGGCGUGUCGAGUACUCGGGUCCGACGGUGACCAUGGCCACCCGCAUCACGGCCCUCACCCACGGCGGCCAGAUCCUGCUGUCGCGCGACGUCUACGAGCGCCUGCGCGACACGCCUCUCGCCCAGGAGAAGAACCGCAUCCUGUACCUGGGCAAGUUCAGUAUACCGGACCUGAUCCAGGGCGAGAAGCUCUACGAGCUGCGCGCGACGGGCCUCGAGGCCCGGUUCUUCGGCGGCGUGACGCAGGACAAGGAGAUCCGCGGCGGGGCCAGCCUGUCGCGCAGCUCCCGCAGCUCCCACAGCUCGGUGGAGAGCUACAGCUCCGGCGGCUCGGUGCGGUCGCACGUGUCGUCGGACAGCGAGGUGCAGUCGGUCGUGGGCGACGGGCUCAUGUUCAAGGAGGAUUCGUCGCUCACGUCGGCCAACCUGUGCCGGUGGAUCAUCAACUACGACGAGAUCCAGCUGGGCAAGCAGAUCGGCAUGGGGUCGUACGGCAUCGUCUACCGCGGCAAGUGGAAGGGCGUCGAGGUGGCGGUGAAGCGGUUCAUCAAGCAGAAGCUGGACGAGCGGCGCAUGCUCGAGUUCCGCGCCGAGAUGGCCUUCCUGUCGGAGCUGCACCACCCCAACAUCGUGCUCUUCAUCGGCGCCUGCGUGCGCCAGCCGAACAUGUGCAUCGUGACCGAGUACGUGCGCCAGGGCUCGCUCAAGGACAUCAUCUCCAACACCAGCAUCAAGCUUUCGUGGGGCCAGAAGCUGAGCCUCAUGCGCUCUGCCGCGCUCGGCGUCGACUACCUCCACUCGCUGCAGCCGGUGAUCGUGCAUCGCGACCUGAAGCCCUCCAACCUGCUGGUGGACGACAAUGGCAACGUGAAGGUGGCCGACUUCGGGUUCGCGCGCAUCAAGGAGGACAACGCGACCAUGACCCGCUGCGGCACGCCCUGCUGGACCGCGCCCGAGAUCAUCCAGGGACAGAAGUACUCGGAGAAGGCCGAUCUGUUCUCGUUCGGCAUCAUCAUGUGGGAGGUGCUCACUCGGCGCCAGCCCUACGCCGGACGCAACUUCAUGGACGUGUCGCUCGACGUGCUCGAGGGCCGCCGCCCGCAGGUGCCACCCGACACGCCGCAGGACUUUGCCAAGCUCAUCAAGAAGUGCUGGCACUCGGACCCCAACAAGCGGCCGGCCAUGGAGGACGUCAUCGAGCUGCUCGAAGACCACCUCGCCCAGUGCCACGGCAGCGGAGGCGAAAUCGUGUAA